AUGUCCUCUGUAAAGAACUCCAAGUUCAGUCUGGCGUUGUCUCUGAAGCCCCCAAGAAUUCGAAGGAAGCAUUUGCGCAAAUACUCUUGGCUUCCCGAUGUUUUCCGCGUGAAAGGAAGUAUCAUAUCGCAUAUAAUAGGACCCGUCCUGACAGUCACGAUUUUUGCUGCUCUCGUUACUUAUGCAUGGUCCAAAGGAAAGCAUCUUGUUAUCACAAAUUCUGUGGUGCCCCUUCUUUCUGUCGUAGUUGGUCUCAUACUGGUUUUCAGGAAUAGGCAUGUUACUUCAUAUGAUCGUUACUGGGACGGGAGAAAAUCAUUCUCCACUAUCACAUCUAACAUACGCAAUCUUUCCCGUAUGAUCUGGGUUCAUGUCUCGUUGCCACCUACAGAUGAACAACCUCUAUCCGCACACAUCAAGGGCAAAACUCCUGUAUCAAACCUCACUGCCUCUCAACUCCACCGUCAGAAAGUUGAGGCGCUCCGCUAUUGUCUUGCGUUUGCGUAUGCAGUGAAACACUACCUUCGUGGCGAGGAUGGUAUUCAUCAUGAUGAUUAUACCGGCAUCUUACCACCAUCUUUUGCUCGCUUCGACGAGGUGGGGUAUAAUACUCAACAUUCCUCACCCACGGUGGCCUAUUCUGCCACUAAACAUGCAGUGACGGGUCAGAACGGUUCGACUAGUGGACCUGAGUCGCCUGACGCGACCAAAAGGGUGAGGCCCAAGCGUAGUAAGAAAAACCUUUCUGGUCAGAACACUCCUCUGCUCUCAAAAAGUCACCAGACUGUUGAGUUCCAUCCAUAUGCCGAUCGCCUGUCUUUUCCGCUUCCUUUGAUGUGGGUUUUUCUUCUGUAUGGUGGAUUUAUUAGACGAGCCGCUAAACACAAGGUCGACAGGAUCGCUCACGAACUAUCAAGCGCCAUAUUCAAAUUUAAGCGUGAGGGUUUGCUUGAAACUGUUGGUCCGGCAGGCACAAAUGCGAUGAGCGCAUUAGUUCAAUCGAUGGUGGACCAGAUGUCCUCUAUGGAACGGGUUGCCAAUACGCCCAUACCAGUGUCCUAUGGUAUCCAUUUGAAACAAUGUGUUACACUUUAUCUUUUCGCACUUCCAUUCACCUUGGUCACCGACCUUGGUUGGGGAACGAUACCUAUAGUCACUGUCGUCGCAUUCACAUUUAUGGGUAUAGAAGGAAUAGCAGAUGAGGUUGAAAUGCCUUUCGGUCACGAUAAGCACGAUCUUCCUUUGGAUACGUAUUGCGAUGAUCUUAAGGAAGAGAUCGAAUACAUGAUUGAGAGGUUGCCUGAAGGCGGUUACGGCGGACACGGGUAUGAUGAUGGGGAAGGAGACGACUGA